AUGUUUUCUGCUUCUUCUCGCUCAAUUGUUCGACACAUCGCCCUUGGCCGAGGCUCAUGCGGAGCUGCUCUAUGCAGCCGCCCCACAGUGCGGAGUCGGCUUCAUUCAACGAAGCAUCCCAAAGGCUUCGUGCCGCCGACUGAUGAGGAUUUGAUAGAGCUGCGCGAGCGAGUGCAGGAAUUUACACGGCGAGAAAUAUCUGAAGAGGUCGCUGCACAAACAGAUCGGCAGAAUGAGUUCCCGGCGGAUAUGUGGCAGAAGCUCGGAGAAGCUGGUUUUCUUGGUGUGACGGCUGACGAGGAGUAUGGUGGAUUGGCUAUGGGUUAUCAGGCACAUUGUACCGUUCUGGAGGAAAUCAGCAGAGCCUCAGGAAGCAUCGGUCUAUCCUAUGCUGCCCACUCGCAAUUAUGUGUGAAUCAACUGUCAUUGAAUGCCUCUCCCGAACAAAAAGCAAAGUAUCUCCCUGGAUUGAUAUCUGGCGAAAAGAUCGGCGCCCUCGCCAUGUCAGAGCAUUCUGCAGGAUCAGACGUCGUUAGCAUGAAAACAACUGCUAGCGCUGUUGACGGCGGCUGGCUGCUCAACGGCACAAAGAUGUGGAUUACCAAUGGUCCCGACGCAGACUUUAUUGUGGUCUACGCAAAAACAGAGCCUGAGAAAGCAUCCAAGGGAAUCUCUGCAUUUAUCGUCGAGAAGAAUUUCAAGGGCUUCUCUUGCGCGCGCAAACUCGAUAAGCUCGGCAUGCGUGGAUCAAAUACUGGUGAACUGGUAUUUGAAGAUGUUUUCGUUCCUAAGGAGAAUCUCCUUGGGGAAAUCAACCGCGGAGUCAAGGUACUCAUGGAGGGAUUGGAUUUGGAACGUCUUGUAUUGAGUGCAGGACCACUUGGUAAAAGCAUCAUGCAAUCCGCCCUCGACCUUGUCCUUCCAUACACCCAUACCCGCAAACAAUUCAACACCCCAAUCGCUCACAACCAACUCAUCCAAGGCAAACUCGCAGACAUGUACACCAAACUCGCCGCCUCCCGCGCCUACACCUAUCUCACCGCCAAACAGAUUGAUGAAUCUGCUACUAGCUCCACCGUGAUCCGUACCCAGGAUUGUGCAGGCGCAAUCCUGUAUGCUGCUGAGCGUGCGACGGAAUGCGCGCUGGAUGCCAUUCAGCUUAUGGGUGGAAACGGUUAUAUCAAUGAGAUUGCCGCUGGGAGGUUACUCAGAGACGCCAAGUUGUAUGAAAUUGGCGCUGGAACCAGUGAGAUUCGCAGGAUGGUUAUUGGGCGGGCGUUUAAUAAGGAGUAUGCAUGA